AUGGAAGAUGUGCACUAUAUCAACAAUCAACGAAAUCAAGGCCAGGAUGGUAUGUAUUCGAAUACCUACAACCCACAAUGGAGGAAACAUCCUAACUUUUCCUGGGUGAACAACAACCCAACUGGUGCUCGCAACAUUCCACCUCCAGGCAUGCAGAAACAACAACCUCCACCUCAACCAGAGAAGAAACCACAACUUGAAGAAUUGCUUCUGGCUCACAUGCAGAAAACCGACAAUAAUCUGAAGGGUCUGGAUCAGUUUGUCACUCAACAGCUAGCCAUCAACAAUAAUUUACAAUCUUCUAUGCUAGCUAUGGAGAGGCAGAUGGGACAGAUGGCUCAAACCUUGGCGGAUAUGCAGGGCAGGAUUCAUGGGACAUUACCGGCUAAUACCGAGAGGAAUCCAAAAGAUGCUAAAGUUGUGGCAGUGACAUUGAGGAGUGGAAAGGCCUUGGAAGACCCUAGCAGCUCGAAAAAGGCACUAGAGGCAGAAGAGGAAGCACCGGGAGAAAGAUCUUGUGCAGAAAAUGAAGAAUCAGCCUUGCACAGGCAAAAUGAAAGCGGUUUGCCUGUGCAAAAGCAUGAUGCCUGUGCAAAAUCAGAAGAGGAAAAAACAAAGAGGGAGGAGCUAAAACCUUAUGACCCACCCGCACCAUUCCCUCAAAGGUUGAUGAAGCCCCUGGAGGACCCGAACUUCAAAAAAUUUGUGAAUCUCUUCAAGCAAUUGCACAUCAACAUUCCGCUAGCUGAAGCUCUUGAGCAAAUGCCCACAUAUGCCAAAUUUCUUAAAGAAUUGUUGACAAAGAAGAGAAAAUGGACUAAUUUUAAGAAAGUAACACUCACACCAGAGUGUAGUGCUGUUAUCCAAAAUAAAUAG